AUGAAUUCGUUCAUCAAUUUGGAGUUGUUACAGUCUUCGUUUUUGCUCGUAAUCUUUUUUAUAUCGUUUAGUCAUGCUUUAUAUAAUACAAAUGGAGAUGUGGUUAUACUCACAGAGAAAAAUUUUCGGGAGCAAGUGAUCAUGACUGAGGCGAGUCUUAAAGUUGUUUUGGUUGAAUUUUUUGCGCCUUGGUGUGGACAUUGCAAAAAUUUAGCACCAGAAUACAAAAAAGUCGCAAAAAAUCUCAAAGGCAUAGCAAGAGUGGCUGCAGUAGAUUGUGACAAUGACAUGAAUAAAGUCAUAUGUAAACGUUAUGAUAUUAAAGGGUUCCCAACAAUUAAACUUUUUCCGAGUCAAAGUGUGCCUGAUAAGAAGAAUCCAGGCGCAUUUACGAAGAAACCGAAAGAUUACCAAGGACCCAGAACUGCAAAAGCUAUCGUGGACUAUGUUCUCGGGGAAAUUCCUUCAUUCGUACAACCAAUCUCCAAUAAACAUCCAACAAAGAAAACUCUAACUAUUGAUGAAUUUCUUGAAAAAGACAACGCUACACUUCCGAAGGCAAUAUUAUUCACCAACAAAGAACGAACAACACCCUUAUACAAAUCACUCUCAAUUGACUUUCGUAAUCACAUGUUGCUUGGUGAAGUACGUCAAUCUGAAUCGGAAAUUCUGAAAAAAUUCGGGAUUAAUAGUUUUCCAACGUUGUUGGUGAUCCCGGCGGGUGAAAGUGAUGCAGUUGCAUUUGAUGGAAAGUUGGAUCAUGGUUUGAUAUUUGAAUUUUUUACAAAAUACGCACCAUCGUCUUCAAAGAAAUCACACACCAAAAAAUCAGAGAAAUCGGAGUCUAAAAAGGCGAAGGAUAAUGAAAACGUCAAAAAAGACGAACAGCCAGUUGAACCAGAAAUAUUUAACUCCAAUAUAUCACAAAUACAAACCCAAACAGACCUUGAAUCACAAUGCACAUCAAAACUUACCGGACUCUGUAUACUCUCAUUUAUCCUACUGGAACCAGAAUUUCCAGAGUCAAUAGCCGAGAACGAAAGCAACCAAUCAAUUCUCCGUCGCGUAAAAGAAAAACUACACAAUGAACUUUCCGUGAAAAUUAAUCUCUACUUUAGCUGGUUGAAUGCUCUCGACGCCGGUGCACAGAAACUAAUCAAGGAGUUUAAAUUGUCGGAUGUUUAUCCGACUUUGAUGAUUUUGAAUCCGAAUCGUAAAGUUUUCCGGCCUUUUUUGGGGCCUUUUGAAGAUGUGGCUAUUGAAAAAUUCAUAAAGGAAGUGGUUAAUGGAAAAGGAAAAAGCUUUGCUUAUGAUUUCCAGGUUGAUUUUGGUAAAGCUAAAGCUGAUAAGGAUGAUUAUAAUGAAUCUACUAAUACUGUUAAAGAAGAAAAAGAACAAGAAACCGAAAAUGUCGAGCCAAAAGUUGCUAGUGAUGAUAACAAAGACACUAAACACGAUGAAGUAGAAAGUGAUCUACGUCAAAAUUUACCUCCUGGUGUCCCCGCGGCACUUGCUAAUAAUUCUUAUAACUCUUUACCCGUAUCACCAACUUCGCCCGCAUUAUUAUCUAAUAACGCGAACAAAAUUCUUAAAGGGUUAACGAUAAACCCAUCAGCAGCAUUACCACCCUUACUAAAUUUACAGCAUGCCAAUGUUAACACUACGAGUUCGUCUUCUUCCGCAUCUUCAUCUGCUGCAUUAUCAUUAAAUCCGUAUACGAGCUCGUCUUCGCCUGGGUUAUCUACCUCGUCUACAUUAAAUCCGUAUCCGAAUUCAUACGUUAGUUAUUCGCAACAGCAACAAUUCUUUGCUCAAUUACAAGCUUCCCAACAUCCGCACGAUCUACAACCUAAUCAAAUGAAUAGUGGACCUAAUAGCAAUGUGAACGUUAAAUUUCGAUUAUCGGAUUUUUCCAUCUGCCGUACUCUCGGCACAGGUUCUUUUGGUCGAGUACAUCUUGUGCAAUCCAAGCGUAAUAGCAAAUAUUAUGCAAUGAAAGUUUUGAAAAAAGCAGAGGUCGUUCGUCUUAAACAAGUAGAACACACGAAUAACGAGAAACGUGUAUUGGAACAAGUCAAUCAUCCGUUCUUGGUGAAUUUAUGGGGGUCAUUUCAAGAUAAUGCAAAUUUAUAUAUGGUGAUGGAUUAUGUGGUUGGUGGUGAAUUAUUUAGUGUACUAAGGAAAGCAAAGAGGUUUCCUGAUCAUGUCGCAAAAUUUUAUGCAGCUGAAGUCUUACUCGCAUUUGAGUAUUUACAUUCGAAAGAUAUAAUUUAUCGUGAUCUUAAACCUGAGAAUCUAUUAUUAGAAAGGAAUGGACACAUAAAGAUCACAGAUUUCGGGUUUGCAAAACAUGUACCCCAUAGAACAUGGACACUUUGCGGUACUCCAGAUUAUCUCGCCCCAGAAAUCAUACAGUCUAAAGGCUACGGGAAAGCAGUGGAUUGGUAUUCACUUGGCAUAUUAAUGUUCGAGAUGUUGGCUGGUUAUCCACCAUUUUACGACGAAGAUCCGAUGCGAUUAUAUGAGAAAAUAUUGCAUGGCCGAAUAAAGUACCCCGCAUAUUUUGAUCCAGCGGCAAAGGAUUUAAUAAAACGACUGUUAACCGCAGACUUAUCAAAACGUUACGGAAACCUUAAAGGUGGUAGCGAGGAUAUUAAACGACACUCGUGGUUUAAAGGAGUCGAUUGGGAUCGUUUGCUGAGACGAGAGAUUCAGCCACCAUAUAUACCGAAUGUUAGUGGUGAUGGGGAUGCUAGUAAUUUUGAUCAUUAUCCCGAGGAACGAGAGCCAUAUGGACUACCUUGUGCUGAUAAACAUCGUGACAAAUUCCCUGAUUUCUAA